AUGCACGUCGCUCCACAACAGUGGCCCACGUCGGCCGCCGUCCCUUCGGCGUCGACGACUAGCGGGUCUCUGCAGGAUCUGAGCAACGGAUGCGCAACACUGUGUCGCGCUCCCAGCGGGCGCUUUCGAAUGCGUGUACCUUCUUUCACAAAGCAAGUCAAGACCUCCGAAGUAGCGCAACCCACCACCUCUGCGAACAACGCCGCUUCAAAUCCUCACGGCAAGGCUUGGCAACCACGUUGGGCGCCUAAGCUCAAACGCACCCAGCCAUCCGAGUCCUUGACCACCUACUCGCCAAUAUUGGACUCUUCACUCUCUGCGUUUCCAUCGUUUGUAGCCUCGCCGCCACCAGCAGUGCAGCUCGAUGACGCUGGAUUUGGCCGUCCUUUCAGCACUUCGGGAUUGCUUGACCUCAAUGCUUCUCGCUUUUCUUUCCUGGACAUGGGCAACAAGGACAAUGACAGCGAUUCCGACAGUAGCGAUUCGCACGAUACACCAGCUUUCGUGCGGCAACUUCCCACUAUUCAAGAACCACUCGCGAGCCCGCAUGCGCAAGUUCGACCGCCUUUGACCACGGCGUCGUCAGACUACAGUGACGCGAUGGAUCCCGCCACGGCUUCCAGCUCUUUGCAGCCGGAACCGAGUCGCGGCAUGCUCACCCUCGCAUCAACGCCUUCACCGGCGUCCACAGAGCAGACUCGAGCAGGCAGGCCGUCGUUGACCGCUCCAUCGCCUGCCCUUGCUUCGCUCAUCAGCUCCUUUCCGAAUCCACUCACCCGUGGCGAUUCCGCAUAUGCCCCUCCCUCGUCGCUUGAGCCGCUUCCAUCGCAAUCUCUGACGGACGAUGUAUCAGCCAGCCUCUCUGCUUCUUCUGCUAUGCGCAAGGAGAACAGCUGGGACGGAGGAGAGCAUUUCGACGUCCAAGGCUACAAGCACGAUGGAGUUGCCGCCAGCCAUGCUUCCACUGAACUGCCAUAUCUCGAUAUGGACGACGAAGACGAGAGCGGCACUUCUCAUGACACGAUACCCGACACAUCUAGUGGGACUAUGCAUUCGCAACCAACCGCCACCUCUAUGGCACCUUCCAUGAGUCGCCAAGCCCGCAAUCCGCCUCCUCGUCCAGCACCAACUAUGGCCCUACCCGAUCUGCCGCCACAUGCCGCUUUGCAAGCACCUCUUCGUCGCCACACACCUACCAGCAGCGUUCAGCUCGAUGCGCAGCAACAGCUGGGCAGCGCACACUCUAGCGGCGCCUCUACCAAAUCGGUCCAGAGACCGCUCAUCCUCCCCGCCUUGCGGUCCUCAGCAAGCAUCGACCGCCUGGCUGCGAUGUCUCAGUCCAACUCUUCGCCUCUGGAUGCGAACGGCAGCGGCCUCAAAUCGCUCUCGCUCGCGCAAAGUGCUUCCACGGAGGAGCUCGUGAGAUCCCUCGAUAUCCCUCGCGACACCGUCCAGCAGAUGCUCGACACGACGCAACACGUCUGGCGCAAUCAUCUGCUCGGUUCAUCCGCCUUGCUUGGCGACGCGGUAGCAACCAACGAAGCAGGCGCGUUAAUCUCGAGGUCCAGCUCGAGUCCGAUGCUCUCCACUUUGUUCGCAUCACACCGCUCGUCCGAGGAACUCUCAAAGGGAAGCCUGGCCAAGCCGACAGCAGGCAAAGGUAACAAUCGCACCUCGAUGCUUGGCCUCCCCUACAUUUCUUCGUCCAAACCAUCGUUUGAAUAUCAGAGCCCCGGAUGGGCUUUGUCGAAGGCCAGUGCCGAGGGCCCGCGCCCUUCUGCGCUCGAGUUGCAAGCCGAACGCGCCAAACAUCGCCGCACCUUCCUCGGGCGAAGCAGCGAAGACGGCCUUGCAGGAAGCUACAAUUUUUCGCGGCCCAUUCGUCGCGAUAUUACCGAUCUCGAUCCAGGCAUGCUCGCGAGCGCUAGCAUGCCUUCGCUUGCAGCGGCCAGAGAAGCUCCUAAGCCGCCUGCACUCCUGCAGAGUCCGUUGCUGCUCAAAGGCGAAUCGGAAGCAACCGGUUUCGCCCAAUUCGCUGUGGAUGACGAGCAAGAAGUCUUGGUCGACUCUGGCUCAGAAACGCACAUGCCGUUUGUGGUGGCCCGCGGGCCUCUCGAGGCCAGUGGCGCUAGUGGCGCAUCGCCAGUUGACAGAACGGCUCGCAGCGAAGGACACAAGCCUGUGCCGGCUCUGCCGCAUCAGAAAAAAAUGCCAUCGCCAAGGCUGGUGCGACGCAAUUCCGACACCGUCUUGAACCUUUUCGCGCCCGAAUUUGGAAAGCGAGCCCCUGGCGAACUCCACGCCUGGAGUGUUUGCAUCGACAACGACGGUGUUCCUGCCAUCCGACCAUCUCCCUCGGCUUUCCAUCGUCCCAACUGCUCGUUGGCAGGCAAGACCAACGCCACCUGGCAAUGCGGUUGCCGAACCUCUAUCAGCAAUGAUUCUUCCAUGGCGACGCCAUCGCUCGGCAACCCAGCAGCGACGGGGCAAAGCUCGCCAGGCCGAAGUCGAUCGCUGAGUGCAGGGAACGUGUUGGAUCCCAUCCGUCAAGCACAGCUUUGGAGCCAGGUGGAGCGCAACAAAGAGCUCAUCCGCAGACACGAGCAAGAGAUUGCAGGACUACAGCAACAGGUGGUGAGGAUCUCGUCCGAGAUGGCUUCGGCAGGUCGGCCGUCGUUUUCUUCGUCCAUCGCCACUCCAGACUUGGCUUCUGCGGCAAUCUUCCCUGCUCCGCCGGCCAGAGCGGAUGUGGCGGUACAGAAGACAUUGCCCGGAAGCACUUCCAAGGAGCCGCAGAGGCCUCCUGUGCCAGCCAAAGCGAUGCCUGCUAGCGCGGUGAAGGCACAGACAUUCCCACGUGCCAGUGCAGCUCCACUGUCCGAAGUACAGACGUCAGCUCCCCCGGCAGUGAAUCCGCCGCGCACGCUCCGAGGUCGUAUUGCAUCGUUGUCAAAGAUCAAUCUGGUCCUGGACGAGGGAGCCUCUCACAAGUCGUCGAGCUCAAACUCAGGUCACUCGCAGUUGCGCACCUCGUCGUCGACGUCGAGCUUGAAUAAGGUGUUCCGCUUCCCGUGGUCGCGGUCUUCGGACAACAAGGAGAAUGCGUUCCCGCUACCCACGCCGUUUCCGAUGGGUCAUCGCAGUCACAGCAAGGCUGCAUCCACCACGUCGUUGCAUCGCAAGGCUCUCCCCCGCCCACAGAUGUACGCUGUCGACGAGCAGAGACCCCUUCCGGCGCCGCCUAUUUCAGAGACAAACUUGUCGGGCAAGGACAAGCGAUAUCCGCCCAGCUCUCGAAAAUACACCUACGACAUGCUACACGGCCCAGCGUUCCAUACCAGUGUCGGAUCGAGGCACCUUCGUGGCCGUUCGGGGAGUUCCAAGUCCUCGUCAUUUGGCACCAGCAUCUUCUCAUCCAACGACGGUCACGAAAUACAAGAGUCGUCACGAUUUGCCAGCUUCCCCAGGCUGGGCCGACGAUGGGACUCGAUCUCGUCGCGGGGCACCAACGCUUCUGCACGCAACAGCGCCGAAGUGCAAGCACAUCAGAACAUGGCAUCGCACGGCUCCAUGCCAGCUCUCUCGGCGGUUGUAGCUAAACCCAUGCCUCCGCUGCCAAGCGAUGCGGGAACAGGAUCGCGUCGAAGUAAGACGCCCCCACCUCGCCGCAGCUCUUUGAUGCGCCGAUCGCUCGAGGCAGCACCGCCCAAACGCACGCCGAUCCCAAACGAGUUCCUGCAAGCCAACGACGCGGUGAUGGCGCCCAUCUCGGAGCAAAACGAGACGGGUAGUCCGGCGUCUGCGCGGUUGAACGGGUUGGGUCCUGAGCUCGAGCUGAGCCCUGCCAGCGUCGUGGGAGCUUCGCCAGCAGGACCCGCUCGCAUGAGCAUGAGCGAGCGAUAUCGCCUGCAGGGUCUCACGGUGCCUGCGCCGCUGGCUCUGUCGUCGUCGCUGUCGUCGCCCGCGCUGGGAAGCGCCACGCUGGGACCAGACUCAGCCACCAAGGUCGGAGCUGCAGAGAGCGUUCCUCGAGGUGACUAUGGGUGUGUCUCUGCUGGGUCGCUGGCUCGAAUUUUUGAAAUGCAAGUCGGAGAAAGAGGGCAGAGAGGCUUGGACCACCCUGCAAAAAAGAGAGCCACAAGAGGAAAGUGUGCGCGCCGCCUCUCCUCUGUGUCUGUCUGCUCAAGCUGUCGUCUGCGCGCUCAGCACGCUCGCAACUCCACCUGCCGCUCUCACUCAUUCAACUCACCUUUGCGAAGCGCAGCUCUUGAUCUCCCUCGAACUGUUGGAUCCCGUCGUCGACAUCUUUCUUUUCAACGAGACUCGACGAUCCGCUUCACAUACCCACACUGGCUACCUGCGGACUUCGUCACACCUCGGCCAUCGUCUCGCUCCUACCACCUUCCUUCCAGCGUCGCUUUGUCAUUGGCAACAUAUUCGGUCUCGAUCGGCAUCGUCACGACGAACUGCAACGUUCCGCAUCGCAUUCUGAUACUGCGACUGCCUCCUCGCCAGCUGCUGCACCUCCUCUCGACAGCUCGUCGUUGCUAUUCCAUUCAGUUUACGACCACACAAAAGCCCAGACGCUCGCGACUUUUCUCCCACAGCUGCAACAGCUGCCCUUUACCGCAUCGCACUUUGGCCACCCGCAAUCAACCCGCCAACAGCACGCAGUGGAUCGACGUCUCGACGCGCUAA